GUGAUCGCUCGAUGGAAAUUUCAGUGACGCAACUCGUGACGGUUUGAAAUUUUACGAAAACACAAGCGAAAUUCUUGAAGUAUAACGUAAACAAAGGAGUGUAGGAAAUUAUUUAUGUAUAUGAGUGUGUGUAUGUCCGAACAGAAGCAUACUAGCGACAUAGUGAAGUAGUGCGCGCGUAAUGUUGUGAAUUUUUCGAUUGCAAACAGUUUUGGGCUAAAUAGUGUGUGUGGGUGUGAAAGUGCAAAAGAGCAUAAAGCAUUUACGAUUAGAUCUAUGAAAAAAUAUAACAGAUACUAAAAUUAAAGUGAAGGAAAUUUUAUUUCGUUUUGAAUUACACAAGUGAAAUCAUGCGGAAUAUGGGGCGUCUGUUUCAGUACAACCGCUUUGGUGUAAAUGAGCCAAAUGCGGGGGACAACAGGAAGGAUGAACAAACUGAUGGUUGCGCGAAAUGUAAAAAGCCGCAACAGCAAUUUGCUGCAAAUUGUCCAACGUACACUGAAUUGUAUCCGGCUUACGCUUGCAAUUGUAUUGAAGGCACAACGACUCCCACAACUUCCACUACACCAUCAGUACAGGCAGCAACAGCAACAACUGCAACUACGAUGACAAGUCGAAGCAUAGACUUGGCCUUGCGCAAAUAUCAACAAUGGAGCAGCAAGUUUUUGCCAGCUACCAACCACACAAUGCCCGUACCAGAGCUUGGAAUGUCUGCCGAUGGCACAAACAAGCAUACAACAAUAACAACAAUGCCAGUUGCAACAAAUGCUGACUGCGUCACUCACUUGUCAACGUCUUCAUCACAAAAAUCCAACUCCUACUCCAAUUCCUACUCGACCAACACCACUGCCUCUUCGGGCUAUUACAGCCGACUGACAAUGAUUGGCAAUCUGCCCGAAGUUGAGCAGUAUCAAUGCUGCAGCGCAGGCGGAGAUCGAGAGCUGCUCGUUAGUGCUGGCAAAAGACCGAAAGUAUAUGACUGUAUGAAGGACUUUUUGCGUCGGAAACUCUUUCAACAGCGACAUGGACAACAAGACCAACAGCCAGCACAACUAGAGGCAACACAUUGUAAGAGCGACACCGAGGAGGAUGUCACUAGUGAUUAUGAUGAGGUUGACAUGUUGGAUUCUUCCUACAAUGCCGAUGAGGAAGAUGUCAGUGAUUGUAGUAGUCAAUGCACUUGCCCAUUGGAAAGCGACACUGAAGACGCGUUGGCAACAUUGCAGUAUGCACCUAUCGAACAACCACAACAACAACAGCAGCAAAAACAAUCACUUAGCAAUCACGGCCAAAGCAGUACACCACAAAAAUCGAUUAGUCCACAAAAAUCAACGAUCUCGUUGAACUGCUGGCAAAAUAUCACCCAAUACACCGACUCCACCACCGAACCGGAAGAGGAGGAUAGGGAGCCAGCCGACUCCGAUUACCAACAAAUCGCCGAUGAUUCAGAUGCUGGUAUCUCCGAUUGCUGUCAAUUGAUAAGCGAAAAAUCCAGUCCCCCCAAGCAACGUAAUCGCCAGCAGAAACAGAAGCAAAAACAACACAGUGCGCGCUACAACCGCAACUGCGACAAUGGCGCUGACGACGACGAAUUGCUCUCAAGUAAUUGGUAUCAACCGCGCAUCACCACCAAAGCCGCGCUUGAGCGCCUACAGCAAGCGGCACCCGGCACGUUCCUCUUGCGUCGCAAAUCGCGCACCUACGAAUUGUGCUUGCGCGCCGAAACGAAGGUGAAGCACUUCGUCGUCGUGGCGCUGGCCGACAACCAUUAUAAGCUGAAAGGCGCCAAGAAGCAAUUUACGUCGUUAAAGGCAUUGGUCACGCAUCAUUCCGUUAUGGCGGAACAAUUGCCGCUGACUUUGGCAUUGCCACGCGAGUAUAACAACAACAACAACAAAGCAUACGCUAUGAGCGGCAAGUGCACGCAGGCCAUGGGACUGAAUGUGAGGUCCUUGCGUUGCGCCGAUGAUUUCGAUACGUACGAGUCGCUGCAAAUUUUGGGUUUAUUGCAAGACUGGCAGAGCGAAGCCAAUGAGUUCUGAAUGAAAAAGUUCCGAAAGUCUAAGCAGCGGAAUUAGUUAUAUGGAAAAGUUUUAAAGCCAUUACGCGCUUCAUGGUCGUUAACCAGUUUAUGCAAGAAUAUGUGAAAUGAGAAUAGGCGUGGCAUAAAAAAAUUUUAGUAAUACUCGCAAAUUGGCAGUGUUGUGAUUAACUCAACGUUGUACAGCAUCGAAUUUU